AAAGCCCGGAGCUUCAUGGGAUGCCUUAUAAAGCGCGUUCCGCCGGGCCGGCCGCGGCUCCGGGAGCUCCCGGGACUGGCGGAGCCGCCGGUGCCCCCCGAGCCUCCGGUGCCCCGGAGCGCGAUGGAACCGCCGGGCCCCGCGGGGGCACCGGGCCGGCCCUGGGAUGAAGCCAAAGCUUUCUACGACAACCUCGCCCCCAAGAAGAAACCCAAAUCGCCCAAGCCCGAGAACGCCAUCACCAUCGCCGUGUCCUCGCGCGCGCUGUUCCGCAUGGAGGAGGAGCAGAAGAUCUACACGGAGCAGGGCGUGGAGGCCUACGUGAAAUAUCAGCUGGACCACGAGAACGAGCCCUUCCUCCCCGGGGCAGCCUUCCCCUUCGUCAAGGCUCUGGAGGCCGUGAACGCUCAGCUCCGGGAGCUCUACCCCGACAGCGAGGAGCUCUUCGACAUCGUCCUCAUGACCAACAACCACGCCCAGGUCGGGGUUCGUUUGAUCAACAGCAUCAACCACUACGGUCUGUUCAUUGAGAGGUUCUGCAUGACAGGAGGGAACAGCCCCAUCUGUUACCUCAAGGCCUAUCACACCAACCUCUACCUGUCCUCCGACGCCGAGAAAGUGAGUGGGGCCAUUGAAGAGGGGAUUGCUGCAGCCACCAUCUUCAGCCCCAGCAGGGACCUGGAGGUGUCGGAGAAGCAGCUGCGGGUGGCGUUCGACGGCGACGCCGUGCUCUUCUCGGACGAGUCGGAGCAGAUCGUCAAGGCUCACGGGCUGGACAUGUUCUUUGAGCACGAAAAAGCUCACGAGAACAAACCCCUGGCACAGGGCCCCCUGAAAGGCUUCCUGGAGGCGCUGGGGAAGCUGCAGAAGAAAUUCUACUCCAAGGGGCUGAGGCUGGAGUGUCCCAUCCGCACGUACCUGGUGACGGCGCGGAGCGCGGCCAGCUCGGGGGCUCGCGCCCUAAAAACUCUGCGCAGCUGGGGGCUGGAGACGGACGAGGCUCUCUUCCUGGCCGGGGCUCCCAAGGGGCCUCUGCUCAGGAAAAUCCGGCCCCACAUCUUCUUCGAUGACCAGAUGUUCCACGUGGAGGGAGCGCAGGAGCUGGGCACCGUGGCUGCCCACGUCCCCUACGGGGUGGCCCAAAAACACAAACGGCCGCAGCGGGAGGAGCAGCAGAGCCCCAACAGCAAAUAGUGGGGUGGGGGAUCCCCCAGAACCCCUGAUCCUGCAGGGAAUGCUUGUUGUGGGAAUGGGAGCUCACUCAGGGGCAGAGGAGGAGGAACAGAGCCCCAACA